UCUGUCAACUUUGUCACGUCACGUCAAGGUGAAUGCCGGGCAGCCGAACGGUUUAUUGACUUUUGUAUUUUGUACAUUUCUAUUGUUUUCGUCGAUGAUACGAUAAAGUUAAAAAUUCAAUAAAGUCUAGUCGUUGGGACUGUUUAAAGAAUAAGCCGAUAUUAUGAAUAAAUCGAUUAGAGGAAUUAUAUUUUGUUUAGUGGCGGCGUGGGCAUUAUGUGCUGUAAUCGGACAUUCCCAUUCUCACUCUCAUGGCGCCGAAGACGAAUCCCCAGCAUUUAAAUAUAGUAAAGGUGCAAAUGAAAAAUACAAAGAGAAACGAGAAGAACAAUAUGAAUCUAACUAUGAUUUGUAUGCAAAAGCUAUAGGGUCCACCAUUUUCAUAAGUAUUGUGCCGUUUUUAAUAUUGUUCUACAUACCGAUAGAUGGUACAGUUGAGAAGCAGCCACUGCUAAAGGUGUUGUUGUCCUUUGCUUCUGGUGGAUUACUCGGUGAUGCAUUCCUCCAUUUGAUACCGCAUGCUCUUAUGGCUAAAGAUAAUGGAACAGGGCACAGCCAUAGCCACAGUCAUUCCCACAGUGAAAACGAGCAUGAACCCCAUGACAUGUCAGUCGGACUUGGCGUCCUGGGAGGAAUUAUCACUUUUCUAGCUGUAGAGAAGACUGUUAGACUGUUCAACGUGGGUCACGGCCAUACACAUAGCAGUGAUAAGAAAAAGUCUGAUGAUAAGUCCAAGAAGUCAAAUAAAAAUAAAAAAGAAGAAAUAAAAGUUGCUGGAUAUUUGAAUCUUGCUGCCGAUUUUACACACAACUUCACUGAUGGAUUAGCAAUUGGGGCUUCAUAUAUUGCAGGCCAGAGCAUAGGACUGGUGACUACAGUAACUAUUUUGCUACAUGAAAUCCCACAUGAAAUAGGAGAUUUUGCUAUACUUGUACAGUCUGGAUGUUCUCGAAGAAAAGCUAUGAUGUUGCAAUUGUUGACAGCUUUUGGGGCUAUUUCAGGAACAGUCAUUUCUAUUUAUCUUCAGGGCUCCGGAGACGGUAUUGUGUCUUCCCUCAUAUUACCAUUCACAGCUGGAGGUUUCAUAUACAUUGCAACUGUGUCUGUGAUUCCUGAACUCUUAGAAGGAUCAAAUAAACUUUCUCAGUCUAUUAAAGAAAUUCUCGCCCUCCUUGCUGGUGUUUAUAUGAUGGUGAUCAUUGCACAAUAUGAAUAAGAUAUAAUUGUUUUUGUAAGAACUGUAUAUAAAUACAUUACCAUAAUACAAUUUUUUAGUAAAUUGAUAAAACAUCACAAGCAAAAA